AGUGGGGGAUGUGCGUUGAGAGAAGGCGGAUCUCUGAGGCACCAAUCCACGGCGUUCCUUUGGUGGUUUAAAGAGCUCUUUGUGUCAAUCACGCGUUUUUUUCGUUCUCUAUCCCCCUUCAUCGCCAUAUUGGGCGCAGAAAAGCCUCGCCUUGUUAUUUCUCUUCCCCUCUUUUACUACGACGUGCAGUUGACAGGAGUGGCCAUCGAGAACGCCUGCUUUUGUUUUGAUGAUCGUCGCUUGUCCGUGUUUCUCGCUCAUGCGGCGCAACCGGGGCGAGUUUAGCCUUAACGCCCGUCGCUUUGGAUCGCGUUGACGCUUUAUAACAGCUGUUGGCUUUGCGUUUUCGACUCGAAAUGUCUAACGUUCGCUUGUCUAACGGCAGCCCGACGCUGGAGCGAAUGGAGGCGCGAGUGUCCGAUCAACCCAAACCAUCGGCGUGUAGGAACCUGUUCGGUCCGGUGGACCAUGAAGAGUUAAAGAAGGAUUUCCAGCGGCAGUUGAAGGCGAUGGAGGACGCGUCGACGGACGCGUGGAACUUCGACUUCUCCGCGCACACGCCGCGCGCCGACGGCAGAUUCCAGUGGGAAGCGUUGGAUAUUCGCUCGGUUCCCGGUUUCUACAGCAGAUCCGAGCGAGGGAAGGGCUCCAAUCUUCAUUUGUGCUCCUCUGGGAAUAAUAACGACAAUAAUGUGGAUGUUAACGGGAAUCACGAGUGUCGGGUAACGGAGGAGCGCGAGGAGACGCCCGAGACACCCCGAGAGCCGCGGAAAAGACCCUCGUGUCUCGACUCCUCGUGUCAAAGCAAACACUCUCACAUCUGUGUGGAUGAAGUGACCCGAACGCCCAGAAAACCCAAAAAGCCCAGAAAACACCCCAACCCGACGACACCCACAUAAACACAAG